AUGCCUGCGCCCCCGAAGCGCCCGGAGGAGGAGGAGGGCUCUGAGGGUCCUGAGGGCCUCCCCUUGCAGCAGCCGGUCCCGAACCGUGUGCCUGCAGGGCCCGGAAGGCUGUCGAGAAGGAGUAAGGCCAAGAUGGCAGCCUUGCCCGAGGACCAGGAGGUGCCCCCACCGAGCCCGAUGCAGUCAGGUGAAUGCUUCCGCCUACGGCACGUCCGAGUGGAGGCCUUGCUGCAGGACGGGCAGAUGUUGGCGUGA